UAAUACUCCCAUGGCCAUGUGUGGUCUAAUUAAUUCAUCUUCUAUAAGAAAAGAUAAAAGUUGCUCUCUGGGCACGUAUUGCAGUUUAACCUAGCUACCUGCUACUAGAUAAACUAUUCCUGUUUGUGGUCGAGAAUUCUCCAAGAGAGGAUGAAGACUGAAAUGGAAUUGAUAUCUAGAAAGAUAAUAAAGCCAUCUUCUCCAACCCUUGAUCACCUUCGCCAUUACCAACUCUCCUUUACCGAUCAAUUAUGUCCACCAGUGUAUAAUUCCUUUGUUUUCUUCUAUCCAGCAGAUGAUGCUGACACCAAAUUCUACAACCUUGAGAUUCUUGAACAGCUUCAGCAGUCCUUGUCCAAUGUCUUAACUCACUUCUAUCCGCUGGCCGGAAGCCUUAAAGACAAUGUUUACGUAGAUUGCAACGAUGGGGGAGUCCCAUUUCUGCAAGUACGAGUCAACUGUAAGCUUGUUCAUGUACUUAGGAAUCGAGAACCUGGUGAACUCAACAAAUUUCUCCCAUUUGAACUUGAUGGGGACCACGAAUUUCUCUCAGGCGUCCAAUUCAACAUCUUUGAAUGUGGAGGAAUCGGAAUUGGUUUGUGCAUCUCCCACAAGAUAUCAGAUAUCUUUUCUUUUUUGGUGUUUUUCAAAAGUUGGGCUGCCACUUUUCGUGGUGAACCUGACCAGCAUCUUCCACAUUUCGAAUCAGCCACACUCUUCCCCGCCAGGAGUCUCUUUGGAUAUGACCCAAGAAAUGCUAUCGUUAAAACGAAUGUUGUGGCGAAAAGAUUUGUUUUCAGUAAGUCUUCCAUAGAGGCACUUAUAGCCAAAUACUAUAAAGCGACAGAUUCAGAAAAACUGCAACGCCCAUCUCCUAUUGAUGUCUUAUCGGCUUUCCUAUGGGGCCGAAUCGUAGCUGCAACCAUGGUAGAAUGGAAAACAGAUACAGCCCAUGAACUAGUGCAAUACAUGAAUCUGCGGUCAAUCAUGUGCCCGCCACGAUCAGAAUACUCCUUCGGAAACAUCUCCUGGGUUGCCACAACAGUCCCAUCUGUGGGUGAGGGUUGCAAUCUAGUUAGUCAAUUAAGAGAGUCGAUUAAAAAAGUAGAUAGUGAGUACGUGAAAACACUUCAAGGAGGGGGCACGUUGGGUUCGGUGGGAGAGCAAGUCCAAAUAGUUGCGAGAGGGGAGGUGGUACGUUUCACCUUCACUAGCAUAUGCGGACUCCCUAUAUAUGAAGCCGAUUUUGGGUGGGGGAAGCCAAUAUGGGCUGAUACUCCGAGCUUGACUUUCAAAAAUCAGAUUGUUUUUGCGGACACUGUAUCUGGUGAAGGAAUAGAGGCAAAGGUGCACUUAACCGAGGAAGACAUGGUUAAAUUCCAAGAUGACAGGGAGUUGCUCGAAUUAGUUGCUCCAACUGGAUGCUAGCUAAAGACCUCAUAUCUAUCAUGUUCUGAAUAAGUUAAAUGUCAUGUUUAGCACCAGAGCAAGUGAUAUGAUACACACACUCACACACACACACACGUACCCAAUGUGAAUCCUAUCUUAAGUGACUGCAUGUACAACUUGAAGCUGAAAGCAUAUGCUCUGUCGUUUGAUUCUUCAUUGAUUGUUGGCGAGUCCAAUGUGUAUUCGGACAGACUCUUUAUUAUUUUUUUGAAUUUACAAUUCCUCUGUACUGUAAUUAACGCCUAAAGCCUAAUCAAAGAACUUGCCCACGUGUAUUC